UCAAACCCCACGGAUGUCAAACCCGUUCGCCCUGGGUAUGACAGAAUGACGUCAGAGGGACGAUGGUGUUUACGUCGAGAAGUCUGGAGAAAAUGAAGCGCAAAUACGGGGAUGCGAAAGUCGUGAAUGCUGCUGUGCUACUCUCCGAGAGGACCAAUUUUGAUCUGGAGUCAACGGUACGGCAGCGCCUCCAGACGGCACCGCAGUUCAUAAAACGCCUGGAACUGGAGACGGAGCUCCGGGGGCACAAUGGAUGUGUCAAUUGCCUGGAGUGGAGUGACAAUGGAAAACUCUUGGCUUCAGCUUCAGAUGACUUCCAUGUGAUGAUAUGGGAUGGUUUCUCCCACAAGAGAGUAGCUGAUGUUGUUACUCCGCACCAGGGGAACAUUUUCUCUGUGAAAUUCAUGCCCAAGAGUGGGAAUUCAACGGUAGUUACGGGGGCAGCUGAUGGGAAGAUUUACGUGUUUGACCUGAAUCGUUCGGAUAGCCCAACGUGGACGUGCCGUUGUCACAGUCGCAGAGUUAAGAGAUUAGCAACAGCUCCCGAAACUCCCUUUGUCUUCUGGUCAGCAGCAGAGGAUGGAGAUAUCCUAGAAUUUGAUUUGCGCGAACCCCACAAGUGCAUGUCGAAUGAAUGCAAAGUCUCCCUAAUCUGCCUGAAGAAUUUCAUUUCAUCAUCAAAUCUAGUCUCAAAUGUUGUGGCAAGUUCGGCCCAAGCAAAGUGCAUUGCGGUCAAUCCUAGACGUCCGGAAUUGAUUGCAGUGGGUGCAAAUGAUUGCUAUGCCCGCAUGUACGAUAGGCGAAUGAUGAAGCUGAACACCCUGUGGACAGCGAAUGAAGAGAGGAUUAACAGCUUCAUGGACCGCGACACCAUCCCCAAGAAUUCCGUGACAUACUUUUGCCCCGGACAUUUGAGGAAGCAGUACGAUAAGCGCUAUAAAGCCAUCACCUACCUAACAUUUAGUCCCGAUGGGAAGGAGCUCCUGGUUAACAUGGGAGCCGAACAGAUUUAUCUGUAUGACAUCAAUAAUGCCCGAGAGCCUGUUUUUCUCGAUCUUCCACCCCUCAAUGAUCGAGAGAUUGUCAAUAGUGAAGCUAUAAGGAAGAACUUACCUGAAGAUGUGGAGGCGGAUCAGAAGCUCGGGACGGAUUUUCUGGAGAAUGAAAAAUACAUUGAGGCCAUCUAUCAGUACACAAAGGCCAUCCAGAAGGCACCCACGUGUGCAUUCCUCUAUCUCAACAGAGCCAUUGCCCUCGUGCGAAGGAAUUGGUGUGGGGAUAUCUAUGCCGGGCUCAGGGAUUGUCAUACAGCCCUGUGGCUUGAUCCAACGUAUCUCAAGGCACACUUCCGCCUCGCCAGAGCCCUCCUGGCGCUAAACUACAUCACUGAAGCUGCUCAGUGCUUGGCCGAGCUGAAAAGUCGUUUCCCCGAAUAUGCUCAAAGCUAUGGGGUUCAAAUGCUCGAACAGGAUAUCGAUCGGGCUGUUAAACAUCCCAACUCGUCAUCCACACAGGAUACACCUGAAAUUUAUGAUUUGUCAGAAAAUGAAAUUUUCUGGCGAACAUCUGCAAAGGACUACAAGGACCGCUUUAUGGGGCACUGCAAUACAACAACGGACAUAAAGGAAGCAAAUUUCUUUGGGAAUGAUUCAAAUCACAUAAUUGCCGGCUCCGACGAUGGGAACUUCUUUAUCUGGGAACGAUCAACAAACUCCAUCUCCGAAGUCUUCAGCGGCGACACAAAUAUCGUCAACUGCGUCCAACCGCAUCCAUCAAUUUGCCUUUUGGCCACGAGUGGCAUUGAUCACAGCAUUAAGUUGUGGAGCCCGCAGCCAGAGGAGAAUUUUGAAUCGAAACACCGUGUGGAGUACACGGAGAAGGCAAUGAAGAGGAAUCAGAUGCGAAUGUAUGAGGAUCCAUUUGACUUUAAUGACAUCAAUCCACCAUUCUGCGCACCCAGCUAAUCACCAUGAAGCUUUCAUCGCGUUAUGUUAAAAACAAAGAUUUAUACAUAUAAUAUUUGCAAACAAAUUGUAAUUUAUUAACAAUGCUACCGCACUAGAGUCUAGAAAGAGAAAAAAAGAAUGUAAGGGGGCGUAAAAAAUAUGUAGUAGCAAAUUCGGGGAUAAAUCAAUUUUAAAUCACUUUUUACAUUUAAUCAAAUUUUAAUCAAUGUAAUUUUGAGAUUAGAGAGUUGAAUCUUCUUUUAGAACAAAAAAAGGAAUUAAAUUGCAAAAUAUUAUAUAGCAGAGAGCUUUGGGGUGAAAAGAGAAAGAAAAAUAUUCAGAAAAGCUUCUUGUUUGAUGGCGGGGCACACACAAAAAUGCCCCUUUUCACGUUAUGCUGUGUAAUUAAAUAUUUUAUUUUCUUUUUGUGGAAAAUACACAAA